AUGCAGCGGGAGGAAACGCAGCGUUUGGUCGACUCGGACCCGGUCACUGGUGACGAGGCCUCCGAGAAUACCCAAUCAAUGGUACAGAGUAUAGACACAAUAGUAGGCAGAUGGUUUGCAUCCGCAUGUCUCUUCUGCGGUGACACCUCUGACAGCAAAGAAAAUGGGAAGCGAACCCGACAGAUUGCCAGAUCACGGCGUGCCGCCCCGGAAAGCGACCAGUCACCUUUCGGCGGGCACCGCAGAAUGCAGAAUCCCAGAGGGAACUUGAAGGAAGCGAAGGAGUGGGCCAGUCAUGCAGGUGUAAGCCGCUGUCUUUCGGUCUCUCUCUUUCUCGUGGAUCCCACCGGAAUUGAACGAAGAACGGGAUUGGGAGAGACCGUUAGAAAUCAGCAUGCAGCCGGCGACACGGAGCUAAAACAAUUCCAACCCUGGCCUCAACUCCGCUGGAAGCCCUAUUCGAUGCAUGCCGCACGCGAGCUGCAGCCAUUCCCGGCAUUCCACGCGUUCAAGUCUCGACUGGAAUUGGCGUUGACGACGACGAGUCACAGAGACUGUAAUACAAUAGAGGAUAAUGCCGGAAUAGAAGGGGUACGUGCGGACCGAUGGUCGAUCGGGGACGGCCGUUGGAUUGUUCCCGAGAGAGAUUCGAGAAACACGGAAAGGCGGCAACAGGACCCCGGACCGCGGACGGAUGGUUUGUAA